CGGCCAGUGUGUAAAUUGGGCAUAAUAACGUUUCACAGAGCAACGUCAGACAUGACAUACAUAAUGACAUUUGAAUUUGAUGACAUUAGCUGUUGCUGGAGAAAUGGUAGCUUUUGUUGUCGAAUUUCGCAUUUUAGCUGUUUCAAUAGUUUCUACAGUAAUAAAAACAAUUUAAAGCACUUUUUGAAAGAAUAAGCAAUGUGGUUGAAUCUCUAGAGUUGGUUUUUAUGAAAUUGUUCUUAUUGAAUUGUCAAUAAUGAGCAAUAAUUUAGAGAACGAUCGGUCCAUCAGUGCCACCAAGAUGUAUCCAAUAGAUUUGGCGCCACAAAAAAUAACUAUAGUGAAAAGUGUUCCAACCUCUGAAGUAAAAAUGAGUCACUUGGUGUCGGGGCAGGGCGGCGGCGGCGCGGGGCUCGGGCUCGCGCGCGCGCCGCAGCUGCUGGCCGGCGGCUCCACGCAGCCCCACAUGAUAGUGAGCAGUUCGGCGGUGCUGCAGGGCUCGCAGAUCGUGAGCCACUCCGGGAGCUCGCAGAUGAUGCCCAAGACACAGCUGAUUGGAUCCAGUGGACAAAUUAUCAGCCCAGCCACUCAAAUCAUAAGCCAAGGGACACAGCUGAACUCUCAGAUGGGGGGUAAUCCUGUGAACAACUCUGGCAGCGGGCAGGUGCUGAGCGUGGGCGGGCUGGCGGGCGCGCCGGGCGGGCUGGUCGUCAGCUCCUCCGUGCGCGCGCUGCCGCCCAGCGUGCGCGUGCUGCCUCAGAUCUCACACCACAAUACUAGACCAGUGUUGUCGCACGUGAGCUCUGUGGGGGGCGUGGUGGUGACGGGGCACGUGCCGCGUGCCGCCGCCGCCGCCGCCUCGCUCGCCGCGCCCCGCGCCGCCCCGCGCCCCGCGCACCCCGCCUCCAUCACCAUGCCCAUCUCUCCACUAGGCGCGGUGUGGUCGCAAGCGGCGCGCGGCGUGCGCGGCGCCGUGGUGUACUCGUCCCGCGCCCCCCGCGCCGCCGCCCCCCGCGCCCCGCCGCCGCCCCCGCGCGCGCCCGCCCCGCCCCCGCGCGCCGCGCCCCCCGCGCCCGCCCCGCGCGCCGCCGCCAGCCUCGCCUCCACCUCCGUGCUCACUACGCGCGCGGCGCCGGGCCCGCGCCACUACCAGCCCGCGCCCAAGGUGCUGGGCGUGGGCGGCGCCCCGCGGGCGGGCGGCGGUGCGGGGGGCGGGGCCCUCGGCGCGCCCCCGCAGCUGUACUACGAGGCCCCGCGCCGCGCCGCGCCCCCCGCGCCCCCCGCCGACCCCGCGCCCGCGCCCCUCGCUCUCAACAACAACACUGUCGCAGUGUCGGCGGCGGCGGCGGCGGCGCGGCGCGGGUCGGCGGACGCGCGCGCCCCCCCGCGCCCCUCCAUCCUGCGCAAGAGAGACGUGGACGGAUGGCUUUUUAGGUCCGGGCAGGGCGGCGCGCGCUACUCGGCCGAGGCGUGGUCGCCGCCGGCGUCCCCGGGCGGGGGCGGGGGCGGGGGCGCGGGGGGCGGGGGCUCCACCACCGAGUCGGCCGCGUCGUCCCCCGCGCGCGACGACCCCGCCUCGCCCCCCGCCUCACCCCUUGUCUCGCCCGCCCCGUCCCCGCCGCCCGGCGCAGACGCCUCGCCCAGGAAGAAGCCACGGAAACAAAUGCUGUCGGCGGAGGCGCGCCGCGACCCCGCCCCCGCCCCCGCCCCCGCGCCCCCCGCACCCGUCGUCAAGCCGCACAAACGUCCGUCGCUGCGCGCGGGCUACGUGUGCGCGUGGCGCGCGUGCGCCCUGCACUUCGUGCGACCCGCGGACGUGCGCCGCCGCGCGCCCCCCGCCGCCGCCGCCGCGCCCCGCGCCCUGCCCCCGCGCGCCCUGCGCCGCCUGCGCGCCAGCGCCGACGGCUGGAAGGUGCACCACGUCACCGCGCAGAUGGACGACUUGAUAUCGCUGGAGGCGGACGCGGGGUGCGGGCUGGCGGGCGUGCUGCGCGCGCUGGAGGCGCCCCGCGCGCCGCCGCUCGCGCCGCACAAACACGCGCUCAUCGAGCUCGUCAAGGGCAACAUGCAGCGCAGCCGCAUCGUGUGCGAGGGCGUGGCGGAGGCGCGCGCGGACGUGCUGCGCGUGUUCACGCACCGCGCCGCCGUGGCCGAGCUGCUGGCGCGCCGCGCCGACCGCCGCGCGCUGCGCCCGCCGCGCUCACACUCAUAAUCAUAACGACAGGAAAACCUUCACGCGAUUCUGCUCUGUGAUACGACCACAGAGCAAACAAGUCUUAGCUCUUUCUACUCUGUGAUGAAGCAACCAUAGAGCUCAAAAAUAUAUGAGGUUUUUUCUUUUCUGUGGUGACAGA